UACUUCUAAUAUUCCUUACCAUGAAACUACAUUGGUACUAUUUUGAAAACUAUUUUUAUAUUAUUUUUAAUGUGUGUGAUGACUAACAUUGAUGGAUGUUUCUUUUUGAUUUUUUUUGAUGGUUAGGAAUCUUAAAGUAUUUCUAUGUAUAUGCUGGUGUCUUUGUACAUAUUUCUUGAAAGAUAAAACAUGCUUUGGGCAUAGUGAUAUUCACAUACCAAAUAUAUACAUGAAAUAUUCAAAUCAUAUGAGUAGGGAAGGAACAGUAAAAAAAAUUUAAAAAGAGAAUUUACUCCAUUAUUAUCAGAAAGAAUGUUAUUUGGAGAAAAAAAUGUUCAGAGACAUCUGGAAGUGUUCAGAGAGAAAAAGAAACAGACUUGGUAUGACCAAGACUGUUGGGUACAGAAUAGAGAAUAUCAGAGUGGAAAAAUGGUAAUGCCAGAAGAAAAACACUGCCUCCAUAAAGAGGAGGAAAUUCUAGAAUUUUCUUCUGCAUUGCUUUACUUUACAACACUGUAAUGUAUUUAUGCAAAAUCAGAGUUAUACAGCACACAAUGUCCAUGAAAAACGUUUUUGAUUGAUAGAGUUGUGCUAUCUUAAUUACUUCUGUGUAAUUACACAUAUCAGUGAAAAUACAGUUUGCAAAAGGCAUAAUUUAUUACUUUCAGUCAAAUUCCUUCACUUUAAACCAUAAGCCUUCUAAGUUUACAUUAUCUUUCUAUGAAUAUAAUGUAUAAAAUGCAUACUAUGUUAAUUAUGAGGAGUACAGAUUAAAUACCAGGUUGUUUCAUUCUGCAUGUUUUAUGUCUCUAGGGUUUACUAUAAAAAUUUUACGGUAUACUCAUAAGCGUGUAUCCUUUAUUGUAGGCCUCAGAGUUAGGAUAUGUGUAUAUAUAUAUAUCCAAAGGGUAGAAGGAGAUGAUAUGCAUGUGUCACAUUGUCAGAUAGACCAUGAGAUCUCUACUCUUAUAUCAUAAAAUACUGUCAGCCUGACUGGUACAGAGUCCUCAGACUUCAGUACUUGGUCUACUAAGUGCUGUAAGUAGUUUGUUAUUCAGUGUCUGAAAUGAAAAGAAAAAUUCACAUCCAUUGAACAUUCUCCAUUCCACAUCUCAUUGUAAAGUUAAUUUCGAUAACAAAUUUGAUUCUCAUGAUUGACUAAUAAAUAGUAUUAGGAAGUGGUCUGUCUUGAUUUGUUCAGAUCAUGUGAAGUAACUCUCAAUUCACUCGUGUCUUGAGAAGCUAUUUAUGUUAGGAAUAUUCCCUAACAAUUCCUUACAGAAAGAGAGUUAUCAUGUUGGGAGAAGAAUGAGUUGACCUAAACAGGAAAAAGGUUUCUGUAAACAUUCAAAAAUAUCUGUCCAGGUUAGAAGUGAGAAUUUUUUAUGCUCAAUCCAGUUUUUUGUGCACCAUGAUUACAAGGAUUUUUUUGUAACAGCUCAGACUGCAACCUAAAAUAUAAGAACUCCCUUGAUUUCUGCAUAUUGUUUUCCUCAAAAUUUAACAUUAUCAUGAUUAGACAGGAACAACACUCCAUGCAUCAUUUGCUUCCAUAUUUGUUAAACAUGGAACUGAAUUGUUCCUAUUUUUUUUUACCAUAACUUUACAUUAUUGUUGUGUGCAUAUGAGGACUGCAAUUGGCUGCUGUCUCUCUUUGACUCUGAUACUUGGGGAGACUAAGGGCUUUCUAACUAAAACACAUGGUGUCUCUCGACAUUUCUUGAAAGAAGUAACAUACGAUUCAAUUAAAAUUUUAUUCACUUAAGUAAAUGUACAUUUAAGUAUUCAAAUAGUGUGUGUAAGACACAGUAGAGAAACUGUCAAAUGAGUAGUCAAUAUAUUAAUAGAAGGAAAGCUAUGAUAAUUGACGAGAGAGCACAAAUAUACAGAGCUCAGGGCAGAGAGAAAAACAACUUUAUGUGACCGAGUCUGUCUAGUAGAGAAGGGAGAAAAUCAUGAGAAAAAUUGAAAGUAGCUGGGCCAGAAUAAAGUUCGCCUUCAUGAGGAAUAAUGUUCUAGAACGUUUUGAGAGUUUCCAUGCUGUAGAAUAGACAGGAAGGUAUGGAAAGGGAAAGAUAUCUAGAUGGAAGAUUGAGUCUAGCAUUUAGACAUCUAAAAUCUUUGAGAAAUAACUAGUUAAAUAAUUAACUAAAAACUAUAUUCCCCACAUUUAUUUAUGUAAUGUAUAAAUGGUAAUUUGUGGCAUGUAAAUACAUAGAUUUCUUUGUGAUAUUCUCUUAUGUAACAUACUUCAAAUUAUCAGUCAUUUAAAAUCAGAAUUAAGUAGCAGCAAAUCUUUACAAAGAAAUUUAAUUUGAUAGAAUUUUGCUCUUAAUAAGUACUGAAUUAUUACAAAUACCAGUUAAACCAUAUAGUUUGCAGAUUGAAUAAUUUAUUGCUAUCAUCACAAUUUUAACUAUUUAAAAGGAUGGUUACAGUUCCUUGGUACACUAAUUACACAAUUAAUUCUGAGAUUUAUAGAAUAUGUCCCAGGUUGUUUCAAUCACAUUUCUUUGUCUCUAGGCUUUACUCUAUAAAGUUUACUUUAUAAUAAUAACUGGGUGUCCUCAAAGCUGUCUGGCUUUGGUGUGUGAUGAUUUCUGAGUCUAUGUCAGUAAAGCCCAUUCUAUGUUAAAGUUCCUUGUGAGUUUGUUUCUAUUCAGCUCUGAGUUUUACAGUGUUAAUGAAGUUUCCAUAGUACCUUUUUCACAUGGAACCUUGACAGACUGAAAAAAUAAGAAUUCACAAUCUUUGUGGUAGCAUAUGCAUUUCACAAUAUUUACACCAAUAUUCCUCUUAUUAUACAUAUAUCUUCAUCUAUCUAUCUAUCUAUCUAUCUAUCUAUCUAUCUAUCUAUCUAUCUAUCUAUCUAUCUAUCGAUCUAUGUAUCUGUCUUCUAUCUCAUUUAUAUCACACAGCUAUAUCUACAUCUUCAUGUAUACUGAUAGUUGUGAAAAUGUCAUUCAUUACAAACAAUUGUGCUUCCACCUAUGUUCAAAAAUAAUGUUUUAAAGCCACAGGGAGAGAAAAUAAACUGCACAUGCCACUCUUGCCCAAUGGCAUGAGCCUUAGAAUCUUGACAUCACAAUGUCCUUCAGCCUGACAACUACAGAAUCCUCCGACUUCAGUAGCUUACUGGCCACUGAAGGCACCAGUUCGGUGUUUAGAGGCAGGAAGGCGAACGAAAAUUUCACUUUCUUUGAUAAGUUCUUCACUGCAGGCUCUACGAAAAAGAAUGAGCAGGGCCCAGUAAAGAAAACAACAAAACAGAAAGCCACUGCAUUAUUACAGGUGGUGAUCUUUAUCAGGAGAAUUCAUUUUUUUCAACAUGGAAACUAUUGAGUCAGAAGAGGUGGGAGGAGUACAGCAACACGUGGUUUGCCAAGGCCCCGUGAUACUUAAAAGAGGCUGGAAAAGUAAUAAACGAUAUCUUAUCUUGCUCAAUAAUCUUUUGAUUGUGUCUAAUAGACAGAAAAGGAAAAAGUUUAAGAUAAAACAUGUCAUUCCAUUGACUCACCUGUGGCUUGGUGAUGAAGUGGACAUAUUCAGGACAGACAACAGCUCUGCUUCCAGGUCCAUUUACCUAUACUGGCCAAUGGGAAAUGCUGUGGCAACCUUUCGUUCCAUGGAACAGACUAUUUGGUGGUACUUCUUUUUACAAAGAUCCAUUCGUGAAGUCAAGAAGCAGAACAAAAUAGAUCUGUCCAUGCAGAUACUCACCGAAGACAUUGCAUGCUCUGACACUCCUCUAUAUGUACCAGCAACAAACUUCGAUACGGGGAAUGACAUAAUCAGCAAGUUACUACCAAUGAUGACAAAACAUAACAUUGAAGAUUAUCAGCUGUGGUUCUGCCCUGGCCAUGGGAAAGCUCCAAGACCACUCCAAGGGCAUGAGUAUCCACAUGACAUUAUGAUGAUAAAUGUUCAAAAGAACUUCCGUCCACAAGAAUUAAGAAAUUUUACAAGUAUAAAUUCCUUACCUCAGCUGUUCAAGAAAUAUCUAACAUCUGAUGCACAGGGGCAAUUCAUCUUAAAGCCCAGAGACUCAGAAAGAAUCCUGCAGGAAAAAAAUAUAAAUGGAAAAACUCUUAAGAAACCAAAAACUUCUAUAACAUCGUGGUGGCACAGGUACUCUGUGCGCCACCAGGACCAAGUAUGCAGUAGCCCACGAGUUAAUAAGGGAGGAAAACUGUUUGGAAGAGAACUCAGUUCCAUUUGUCAUGAUAACAAACUGCCCUCAGCAAUUCUGGACAUGCUGUCCCUACUAAAAAGGAAAGGGCCCACAACCAAGGGUGUCUUUACAGUAUCUCCAAGUGUAACCCUGCGCCAAACAGUAAAGGACAAAUUGGAUUCAGACGAAGAGGUGGAUAUGAACAAGCAAUCUGUGCAUGUAGUGGCCUGGAUCUUUAAGGACUUCCUACAAAACAUUGAAGGAAGUCUGAUGACUUCAAAGCUCUAUGAUGAAUGGAUUUCUGUAACCGAAAAGAUCAACGAGGAAGAGAAAUUAGCAGCAGUGCAGAGUCUUUUAGAAAAACUGCCAACUGCAAAUGCUGCUCUGCUGGGGCAACUUUUUCAAAUUUUAUUUGAAGUUAAAAGUAAUUCUUCGGUUAAUGGAAUGUCUUCUUACCAACUAUCUUGUGGGAUAGCCCCAUGUCUCUUAUUCAUGCCCAGCUCCUGUAAUAAUGGGGGGACAAAUGACAUUGCUAAAAAGAUAUCUCUGACAACAUUUAUGAUUGAAAAUGCUCGAAAACUAUUCGGGGAGGACUUGGUUGAGGUUUGGUAUGAAACAUCUCUAUUUCAUCCUCCCGGAGAGAAGUCCUCACGUUCCCAGAAUACUGCAACAAACACCAGCACCAUGAAGGAAGUAGAACGUGGACACAGCAGCUGCCCCAGUGGCAAGACAUGUACUCAUGGCUAUGAUGCACUGCCGAGAAGUGCAGCUGAUCAUCAUCCCUAUGAGGGCAUUACGGAUUCAGAGAAACACAAAGGCAGUAGUAUAUAUGCCAGCCCACCAGUACCUUAUCAAAAUCUACCACAUCCAAAAAAGAAAUGUUAUUUUGGGAAAUCUCUUACCAGUAUUUUUGAAGACAAAAAGAUGUCUGGUCUAAUAAUCGAUAUGCUGUCCAUAAUUGCCGAAAAAGGGCAAGACUCAGAUGACAUUUUCAAAAUUAUACCUGAAAAUUCACACUAUUCCUUGAGGAAUAGGAUUGACAAUAAACAAUACAUAAAUUGGAAUCAAGAAAACGUGAUAAUUAUAGCAUCCGUUUUAACGGACUUUAUUAGAAGCAUUGAUGGAAGCUUGCUGACAUCUGAUUUAUAUGAAAAUUGGCUUAGCGUCCUAGAUGAAGGAACUGUGAUUGAAAAAGUUAUUGCCAUCCAAAGCCUUUUACUAAAGAUUCCAACAGAAAACCUUAUACUACUAAACCAUCUCAUUUCUGUAUUAGCAAUAAUAAAAGAUUCAUCCAUGAAUAAUUUAGACAGUGACAAAUUAGCUCUCCGCAUAGCUCCUUAUCUGCUAAGGGAUGAGACUACAAGGAACUCACCGUUUUUGCAGGACAUCUCAAGAAAGACGUUGCUUAUACAAGUCAUGAUUGACAACUAUCUGCUAAUAUUUGGAAAUGAUAAAACGUAUUUAAAAAAAACUGACAAAAGAGUAGAUGGACUAAAAACCUCUACACAUUCUAUAAAGUCUGCAGAGAAAUCACCUAUUAUGAAAGAAGCCAUAGGUGGACACAAUGAGAAAUCCUGGAAUGAUGAAAAAUUAAAUAUUUCACAUGCUCCUCUGAAAAAGGGAGGUUCUACAGAUUCAGAGAAACAACAAGGCAGUAGUGUAUAUGCCAGCCCACCAGGACCUUCCAUAAAUCCACCACAAACAACAAAGAAAUGCUUGUUUGGAAAAACUCUUAGGAGUAUUUUUGAAGACGAAAAGGUGUCUGGUCUAAUAUUUGAUAUGAUGUCCAUAAUUGCCGAAAAAGGGCAAGACUCAGAUGACAUUUUCAAGAUUAUACCUGAAAAUUCACACUGGUCCUUGAGGAAUAAGAUUGACAGUGAACAAUACAUAAAUUGGAAUCAAGAAAGUGUGAUAAUUAUAGCAUCCGUUUUAAUGAACUUUAUUAGAAGCAUUGAUGGAAGCUUGCUGACAUCUGAUUUAUAUGAAAAUUGGUUUAGCGUCCUAGAUGAAGGAACUGUGAUUGAAAAAGUUAUUGCCAUCCAAAGUCUUUUAGUAAAGAUCCCACCAGAAAACCUUACACUACUAUACCAUCUCAUUUCUGUAUUAGCAAUAAUAAAAGAUUCAUCCAUGAAUAAUUUAGACAGUGACAGAUUAGCUCUCCGCAUAGCUCCUUACCUGCUAAGGGAUGAGACUACAAGGAACUCACCGUUUUUGCAGGAUAUCUCAAGAAAGAUGUCUAUUAUACAAAUUAUGAUUGACAACUAUCUGCUAAUAUUUGGAAAUUAUCCAACAUAUGGUAAACACAUUGACAAAAGGUCUGAUGGAUUAAAGACCUCUACAGAUUCCAUAAAGUUUGCCGACAAAUCACCUAUUAUUGAAGAAUUCAUAGUUGGAAUCAAUGGGAAAUCCUGUGAUAAUGAUGAAAAUUUCAAUAUUUCAUAUGCUGCUCUGAAAAAGGAAGGUCCUACAGAUUCAGAGAAACAACAAGGCAGUAGUGUAUGUGCAAGCCCACCAGGACCGCCCAUAAAUCCACCACAAACAACAAAGAAAUGCUUGUUUGGCAAAACUCUUAGGAGUAUUUUUGAAGACAAAAAGGUGUCUGGUCUAAUACUUGAUAUGUUGUCCAUAAUUGCCAAAAAAGGGCAAGAAUCGGAUGAUUUAUUCAAAAUUGUACAUGAAAAUUCACACUUUUCCUUAAGGAACAGGAUUGACAGUGAACAAUGCAUUGACUGGAAUGUAGAAAGCGUCCUAGAUAUAGCAUCCGUUUUCAAGGACUUUAUUAAAAACAUAGAUGGAAGCUUGCUGACAUCUGAUUUAUAUGAAAAUUGGCUUAGCGUCAUGGAUGAAGGGACUGUGGCUGGAAGAAUUACUGCCAUCCAAAGACUUUUACUAAGGAUCCCACAAGAAAAUUUUAGUGUACUAAACCAUCUCAUUUCUGUAUUAGUAAUAAUCAAAGACUCAUCCAUGAAUAAUUUAAACAGUAAGAGAUUAUCUAUCCGCAUAGCUCCUUAUGCGCUUUGGGAUCGGACUAGAAGGGGAUCAUUGUUUGGGAGUGAUAUGUCAAUAAAGAUAUCUCUUAUGCAAAUCAUGAUUGACAACUAUAUUCCAAUAUUUGAAAAUUAUAAUAAAUAUUGCUCUGAUGGACUAAAGACAUCUGCUGAUUUCAUAAAUUCUUCAGGAAAAUCACCUAUUAUGAAAGAAGUCAUAGGUGACCACAAUGGGAAAACCUGUGAUGAUGAAGAAUUUGAUAUUUCAUAUACUAUCCUGUAGGAGGAAAGUCCUAUAGGACAGAACAGAACAACCACCACAUAUAAGUGGUAGAGUAUGACUGAAGACGUUCUAAGGUCAUUCUAUUCUUAUGUUCCUGUCUACCUCCCACUAAAUCAUAGCAGAAGAUAUUAUUACAAGAUCCUACUUCUGCUUUAUAUUUCACCAUAUUAGUUACAAAUAGUUUCCCUAAUUAUUCUUAUUAUAUGCUGUAGUUUAUAUAUUUGCUAUUAUAAUAAAUUUUAUUAAAUUGUGUUAUUGCUUACACUA